CGGAAUACAAUUUUAGCCAUGGCGACUGUGCCGGUCGAGAGCGGCAUCCCAUCACCAAGCGUCUUGUAAGCCCGUUGGAGGUGCCCGCAAGUACAUAGGGUCGCGAGACGUGAGAAGGUCAUCACCUACAGAAGAUCACGCUUGUACUUCCCUGCCUGGCGCACCACCUACGGAAGUCUAUAAGAACCCCCAACCAGCUUCGUGUUAGCUCCCUGCAUUCCGGAGUCGCUAGCCACCUCGGGUUGAGACUUGCAGCAGGAUGGCGCAGCUCCCCCUCAUCAGCGUCAACCUGGCUACGGUAGCCCUAGAGAGCAUGCUCUAUGGCGUAUUCCUGGUACUGGCAUUGACUUUCUUGUACCUUCAUUUCAGCCGGGUUGGGUCACAACGGUCUGGUGGGACGCCCGUGCUCUCUGCGUAUUUCACUCCUGUAUUGUUCGGGUCAAUGUUCGUCAUGUUGACAGUCACCGGGCACUGGGUGAUGACAGUCUAUCGUCUCUUCGAUGCAUUCGUCAAUUUCAUGGGAGGCAAAGUGCCGUUGCUCUACUAUUCGGACCUUGCUCUCACUACGGAGGCCGUCAAAAUUGGGUUCCUGAUCGCCACAAUCAUCACUUGCGACAUCCUAUUCAUCUAUCGUCUCUGGACUGUCUGGGGAUAUAACUACUAUGUUAUCAUCCUCCCGUGCUUUACCGUCCUAGGUCUUUGUGUGGCGGGUCCUGGUGUCGUCUAUGAGCUUACCCAAGUCGGAAGCGGAAACACCGUCUUCAUCGCGUCCCUCAGUCGAUGGAUAUCCGCAGACUACGCCUUCACCUUUGUGACGAAUGUCUAUAGUUCCGUUGGCAUCGGCUGGAGGGUAUGGCGUGCUCGACAACGUACCGGUUCGUACGGAGGCGGCAACCUCAUGAGGGUUCUUGUGACCAUCGUCGAGAGUGCUGCCCUCUAUACGUCAUACACUAUAUUCUUUUUCGGUUCGUAUCAGGCACAGAGUAACCUGCAGUACACAGCUGUGGAUACGCUCUGCCCUAUCGCCGGUAUCGCGUUCAUGAUGAUCAACGUACGGGUUGGUCUCGGAUGGGCGCAGCGGGCACAUCCUUCAACGUCCUCUGGGAUUACAUCUCGCCGUACUGCCAUGCAGGAGCAGCAGUCCUUCGCCAUGCGCCCGGUUGCAGUCGACAUCUCGAAGGUCGUGGACACCGACGACGGGCUGCCCAUGGGAGUCAAGAGCGAACUGCCGGUGUAGGCAUUCGUCGCAUCACCUUGUCUGCUGAUGUAGUAGGCGAAAUGUCAGAGCUGAGGCUCAAAUUUGUAGACAUACUGUAUUCUGUGGAUACGGUAUGCCCGCAGUAGACAUCGGACCCCAAUCGCGAUAGCUAUGGAUUGUCUCGACAGACAUCUCUGGGACACAUACAUGAACGUCGAGCUGGCUCCCCGUCUCUGCUCCCUACUAUUAGUGAUAAAUCGAUAAUCGCUCGUUACAUACUACGCCCGGACAUCCAAAUGCAGACCAUCGUUUGUAGAAAGGAA